UACAAGUCCAUCUAGCGAGCACUCCAGUCACAAGAUGAUGCUAUUGUUCUUGUUUGCUUUGAUUAUGUCUGCAGUUUUGCUGUUUGGCAUGGUCUUUUUUAUUAUCCUAUUUUCGGAUUUAGAAGCAGAUUACAUUAACCCAAUUGACUUGUGCAACAAGUUGAACCAAUUUGUUAUUCCGGAACAUUUGGCUCAUGCGGUUUUGUGGUUCCUUUUUCUUAUAACCGGAAACUGGACUGCAAUGCUGAUCAAUACACCAUUGCUUGUUUGGCAUGCAUACAAGAUCUCAAACAAUCGGCACAUGUACGAUGCUACUGAGAUUUUUCGAACUAUAUCCUCCCAUAAACUGGAAUCCUUCCUUAAACUUGCGUUUUAUUUAGUCACCUUUUUCUACUACCUAUAUCGAAUGAUUGAGGCGCUGAUUGCCACUCCGCCUCCCGCAGCUCGACAUUGA